AUGUUUGUAUUAUCGUCGUGUCAAAAAUCGCUAACUGAUCCAUCGAUUCAAUCAACAAGCAAUUUACCAUCGACGAUUAUCGAAUUCCCUAAUAAUGAUUUGAAUUCAAAUAAUUCGUCUCGAACAAUUGCAAAUAACGACAACGUUAAUAAUAAUAAUAACAACAAUAAUAUUGAUAACAGUGAUAAUAGCAAAAAUAUUGAAAAUAAUUUUCAAAAUAUAAUGGCAAAUUCAUCAAUCGAUACGAUUUACCAAGGAUUAUUUUCAUGUUUUAAACCAAUGUGGACAUAUUUUGGAAGAUCGGCGCAAUCUCUGUCAAACGAAAUAAUAAAAUCUUCUUCAUCAACCUAUAAUCGGUGGGAAAUAGCAUUUGAAUUGAUAACAGAUUUGGACUGGUUAGGUUCUGGAUCACAAGGCGCAGUUUUUAUGGGUAAAUUAAAUGAUGAGGUUGUUGCGGUUAAAAAAGUUAAAAAUAUUGAGGAAACUAAUAUUAAACAUUUACAACAUCUGAAUCAUGACAACGUUAUUAAAUUCAAAGGCGUAUGUGUUCAGUCGCCUUGUUUUUGCAUUAUAAUGGAAUAUUGCGAGCAAGGUCAAUUAUAUGAAGUGUUAAAAAAUGGUCGACAAAUAGAAAGAGAUAAAUUUGCUGAAUGGUCGAGGCAAAUCGCAGAUGGAAUGAAUUAUUUGCAUCAAAAGAAAAUUAUUCAUCGAGAUUUAAAAUCUCCAAACAUACUUGUUGAUAGCAAAGAUGUUUUAAAAAUCUGUGAUUUUGGUACUUCUCACCAGUGGAACAGACAAAAAAGCACUGUAAUGUCAUUCUGUGGAACAGCAGCUUGGAUGGCGCCCGAGAUAAUAAAAAAAGAGCCAUGUUCAGAAAAGGUUGAUAUAUGGAGUUUUGGUGUAGUAUUAUGGGAAUUAUUAACACAGGAAAUUCCGUAUAAAGAUGUCGAUUCGAUGGCGAUAAUUUGGGGAGUUGGAUCUAAUAAUUUAAGUUUGCCUAUCCCAGAAACAGCACCUGAAGGGCUGAAACUUUUAUUACGGCAGUGCUGGAGUAUUAAACCGAGAAAUCGACCGUCUUUUCUUCAUAUUUUAACACAUAUUGCUGUAUUCAAAUCUGAAAUUGCAAAUAUCAGUGAUACAGAAUGGAUUAACAAGAAACAAUCAUGGAAAGACUCAGUUAUUGAAUAUAUGAGAAGUAUUCGUCAAGACAAACCAAUUAAUCAACAAAAAGAAGCUCAAAAUGAGAGAGAAUUACUGCAAAAACGACGAGAAGAACUACGCCAUGCACAAGAUAUCCGAGAAAUGUAUGAAGAUAAAAUGCGACGCGCUAGCCGAAUGUAUUCGAAAUUAACAUUUUGUCUAAACGAACUAGCUGAACGAGAAAGGGACCUUAAUGAACGGGAACGUUGGCUGCUUGAAAGAGAACGAUUUCUGUCGCGGUAUGGAAUUUUUUCGAAUAAUCCAAGAGCAUACCACUGUACAACAAAAAUUCGGAAAAGUAUGGGCGUUAGAGCUGCUCCUGAACUCAUCAAUGGGUGUAUUGGAAGUGGAAAACAAAAUGUUUAUCCAUUUUUAACGAAUCGUGCCACUUUGCGAUAUGAAGAAUCUGAAGAUAUGUCUUCAUCGGACGAGGAUUUUCAUCCUGUUCCAGAAUAUAUUUGCUCGAAUUCCCCAACUAGAUGUUCGUUUGGUUCGAGUGCAAUGCCUUUAUCGCAGACCGCGUCUAUUUCAUUUAGCAGACAAAGUUCCUCUGUCAGUUCGGCUCAGAAUCGCUUAUCUAAUAAAAUUUCACCAUCUCUUCAACGAAAUACAAGCAAUGAUCGAAACAUAUCUCGUGAUUCAUCAAAACUCUAUGGAUCUUUUAAUUUUCAAACAGACUUGCAAAGAGGUUCACCAGCUCGUAAUUCAGGUUAUUCAGAAAUAUCGAUAGAUUCAGGUUUCCACAAUUUAUUGGAUAAUGAUGUAUCAGGUUCUGGAACUCAGGAAUGCAAUUGUUGUGCGCACUGUGGACAACCAAUUCGUCCAGCAAAUCUAUAUCGAAAUGUUGAGGGACGAUGGUCUGAUGGACGACUUACCGCAACACAUAAAAAAAGAAACCGUAAAGGAUCAAUUGUAUUUUGUCGUGAUUCUUCUCAACGUUCAACACCGGCUCGAUCAAAAGACAAAAGGUCGUCGUAUCCACGUUCACGACAAUCGACAACUGAUCACGAUUCAUCAACGAAUAUACCUAAACAAUUUUCACCAUCUCCUGAAGAUCGAAUUUUGGAUCAUGAUAAUAAAACGCAAAGGCCACAAAACGAACCGAACAAUGAUCGGACAUAUUCCAGUGUUGGAUUUCAGAAAUCGCUCUGUCAAUCAAAUAGUUAUCAAGAAGCACUGCGAAAUGAAUCUUCAAGUUGUUCGUUAGCACAAGCAUCAGACACUCAUUCAGAAAAAGAUGAGAUAAUCUGUGGCGAGCUACUUAAUGGUCAGAACGAUUCAGUGGCUGUUAUAUCUGAUGCAUCAGCUGAAGAAAGUUCUGAUGAUAAGGAUUUAUGCAAUGAGUCAAAUAAUGUUCUCAUAACUUCAUCAUCGACGAUGGAAUCAUCAUUAGAGAGAAGUUUAGAGAUGGCUGCUAUUCAUUCGGAUGGUUUAUCAGAUAAAGAACGUCAAGUUAGAGCCGUUAAGAAUACAAUAAAAACACAUCGUAGGACUGGAAGUAAUCCAUUAUCGAUUCCAUCGGUUGUAUGCGAGACAAGUACUGAAAGCGAAGGAGAAGUAGUUUAUUGUUAA